ACUGGGGCUCUGUUUGGGGGUGCAGGACCCCCUCCCGAACCCUCCGGGUGUCCCUGAGCGUGUCCCCUCCCCCCAGGAUGGCCGAGGGGGGCUCUGGCAGCUCCGGGUCCCCCGGCAGCCUCCGGCCGGGGCUCCAGGGGGCCCGGGGGGUGCUGGGCAGACGCCCCGCAGCCGCCCCCCUCAACCCGGGCCGCCUGCCCUCCAUCCGCUCCCGAGACCUCACCCUGGGGGGCGUCAAGAAGAAAACCUUCACCCCCAACAUCAUCAGCAGGAAGAUCAAGGAGGAGCCCCGGGAGGACGUGUCGGUCAAGAAGGAGAAGAAGGAGCGGGAGCGGCAGCGGGAUGGGCACGGCCGGGGCCGGGGCCGGCCCGAGGUCAUCCAGUCCCACUCCAUCUUUGAGCAGGGCCCUGCUGAAAUGAUGAAGAAGAAAGGCUCCUGGGACAAGAAUGUGGACAUGUCUGACUUUGGCCCUUCCCACAUCAUCAACAUCAAGAAGGAGAAGCGGGAGACAGACGAGGAGACGAAGCAGAUCCUGCGGAUGCUGCAGAAGGACGAUUUCCUGGAUGACCCGGGGCUGAAGAACGACAUUCGGAACAAGCCGGUGCAGCUGCCCCUAGCACACUCAGGGUGGCUCUUCAAGGAGGAGGCGGCAGAGCAGGAGGAUACGCAGCCAUGGCUCCCUGGAUCCAAAGAGGAGAAGAUGGAGCUGGACCCACCAGCGGUGAAAGUGAAGGAAGAGCCGUGUGAGGAGGAUCCCAAGCCAGCUCAGCCCAAGGGCCCCCCUGGAUUCCCACGGGAUGUGUCGGCGGCCGAGCUGCUGCAGCAGCUGAGCCUGGCGGCCGAGGAGGAGCUGGUGUUCCUGCAGCUUCCCGACACCCUGCCCGGGCAGCCCCCCACCCACGACUCCAAACCCAUCAAAUCCGAGCUGCACAACGACGACGGGCAGGUGGUGGUGGUGAAGCAGGAGAAGAGCCAGGAGGCGAAGCAGGCAGAGAACACCUGCACCCUGGCCGAUCUCCCCGAGGGGCAGGUGGGGAAACUGCUCAUCCGAAAGUCAGGAAAAGUGCAGCUGGUGCUGGGCAAGGUGACCCUGGAUGUGACCAUGGGCACCCCCUGCUCCUUCCUACAGGCUCAGCAUUGGAAUUCCCCAGGGAUUCCUGUGGCAUUUGGCUGCUCAUGGGUGUUUCUCCCACACGGAACAGGAGCUGGUGUCCGUCGGCAUCGGGGACAACCGGACGGGCGAGAUGAUUGUGCUGGGCCAUGUGCGGCACAAGCUGGUCUGUUCCCCGGAUUUUGAGGCUCUCCUGGAGCACCGGCACCGGUAGCCGAGGGGGUCCCCGCCCCCCAGCCCCCGGGGACAGAUCCUCAGCCCCUCCAGAUGUGCCUUUGGGAUGUGGGGAGGGGGCUUGUGCAGGUGUGAGCGCAGAGGCAGCUCCCACCACCUUCCAGCCCCGUGGGGUGUCCGGCUGUGUCCCCCAAACCGGCAGCUUCCCCCCAGUGCCAAACGGGGAUCUCGGGAUGUGUGGGACCGUGGUGUGUCCCCCAGCUUUGCUGGGAGCAGGACACACUGUCCUGGGGGGAAAACCUGGAAUAAAACCUCUUUUCCCCCUGCGUGGGGUUGCUCA